AUGUCUGCUCCAAGUGUUUGGUUGAUCACCGGUGCCUCCCGCGGGUUGGGGUUCGAAACUGCCAAGGCGGCUUUAAAAGCUGGCCAUAUUGUUGUUGCAGGCCGCCGUGGAUCUAAAUCAACCACCCAGGUCACUGAGCUCGAAAGUGCAGGAGCCAAGUGGAUCGAGUUAGAUAUGAUGUUAAGCGACAUUGAGUCAAUCAUCACCAAGGUUGAAAAAGAAUAUGGUCACAUUGAUGUUCUCGUCAACAAUGCCGGAUACGGCGUCGGAGGAACCGUCGAGGACCUUAGAACUAGCAUUCAAACGAUUCGAGAGGUUAUGGAAGUGAAUGUGAUGGGUCCUAUUCGAGCCUGCCGUGCCGUUAUACCGAUCAUGCGUCAGCAAGGUGGCGGUGCCAUCGUCAACAUCAGCAGUGUGAGCGGUAUCAUAAGCUAUCCCGGAAUCAGCGCCUACUCCUGUACCAAGCACGCACUCGAAGGGUUCACUGAGAGUCUUUCCAAGGAAAUCGAGCCGUUCAAAAUCAGAACACUUCUCGUUGAGCCCGGUUCGAUGCCUACUGGUUUUCUGGAUACCGCUCUGUCCGCAGUGAACGUGCCUCGAAGCGAACCCUACCUGGGUACCAUUGCUGAUAUGGUUCUUUCAGCUGCGGCGGGCGGUGAACUGGUCAAGGCUCAUGGAGGUAGCCCAGUGCUUGCGGCGGCUCGGAUCGUCGAGGCCGUUGACCGGACUGGGGUCUUUGCCGACCGAGACAUCGGUUUGAGACUCCCACUUGGAAAGGAGACACAAGAAAUUAUAGAUUGGGGCAAGGAUCUGGCCAAGCAUGCAGAGGAGCUUCAGGAGAUUGCUGUGAGCAUCGCGGUCUAA